UCAGUUGGCGCGUGAUCCAACAUCAAUGUAAAACUGGCGCGUUCUCGUUUUUAGGCUAACAUCAUAAAAACGUGAUAUAAAUAAUAUUAAAGCUUAGCUAACAGUCCGAAAUGCAAAGAGUAUUUUGGACUUUUGCGGUCAUCUAUUUCACUUCGCAAUCUGCAAUUGGAGUGGAACUACGAACUUUCUCGAAAACGUUUACAUUACCUGACGGCAAAGGUCAAAAAUGGUUUUACUUCUACCAUACUCACUACUUUUUAUCGCGCGCUUGUGAACAAAACGAAAAGAAAACCGAGCGAACCUGUGUGCUAAAGUUGGAGAAGAAUUUCUUCAACGACACUAGUGAUCCUCUAGGCACAUGUAAAAUCACUCUUAAAGCGGGUGAUGACACUCAAUUUGAUUAUCUGUAUCACUUUAAUAUUUACGAUCAAGACAAAGUUUUGGGAGUUUGGUACGAAAGAAACAAGAAUUACAAAACAGAGCGAACGUAUCCAGAAGGUUAUGGGAAAUUUGUGAUCAUUCACUUUCCCAGCUGCAACACAACUGAGAUCGGUGUACCAUUUUCUCACGAAGAAUACAAUUGGUAUAAAUAUGAGUUUCUCCUGCAGCCGGCAGUGCUUCGUAAAGAUGGUUUCGAGAUCGUUUAUAGAAAUUCAACGAUUUGCGAUGAUAAGUAUUGUAAAAUAAGCUAUGAUUCCAAGGGAAAUAAAAUUUCCGGCCCUGAUCCGUGGUACAGUCCCAUACACAAUCCUACUUACAAUCGUGAGCACGUGACACUACCCGAUGACAAGGGAGUUGUUACCAGCGAAGUUUAUAGGACGCACAUUCAUUAUUAUAUCGUCAGACCGGAUGGAACAAAGAUUAUGUUGAAAGAUAUAGAAGGCAACUCUGGUCUUCACAAAACACCAUCAAAAUCAUUAACAGGUAUUCUCGUUUGUAAUCUAGAAAUAGACAAUACAACAUUAACUUGCGCUCAGUUUGACUUCGACGGUAAACCGAUGAUGGAAGUAUCUUUACAUCUCGGAUUUAGCAAUCGUCACUCAAAAUUUAUGACCUUGCCAAACGGUGGAUUUAUAUUGACAACUCCAAAUUGCUGGCUGCCUCCGAAUUGUGACAACGAUUAUAAACCAGGUCAGCAUGUGGUGAAAAUCAAUGAAUUUGGGAAGCGGGUGGGAAGUAUAAAAAUUCCAGAACAAAAUUUCGGAGCCAAUUGUUCCAUUAAGGCUGAUGGCUUGUAUAAAGUUGGUAUCGAAGAGUAUUGUUCGCUUUGGUUGUAUAGAUGCGAUGGCGAAAGUUUUGACAAGGAAAUUCAUGCUUUUGCUAAGUGCUUCAACGAUGCAGAUUUUUCUUAAUACAGUUCUACUCGAUUUGCACACGGAGAAAAAGUCGCUACAUCUUUUAUAAUAAUUAUUAACCAUUGUGUCCAAAAUUUUUAGUCAAUUGAAAUAUAUACUCUGGCUUAUUUUGCAGUAUUUCCAGUAUAAAUUGUAAACUUGAAUGAAUAAAUAAAUGUUACGAAUA